CGCACCGCCUCCAAGAUGGCGGCGGCGAAGCCUGCCCGGCUGUCAGGCUGGCGGUGACGACGGGGAGCCGCGGGCCAGAUAAUGCCUCACAUCGCUGCUCCCCCGGGACCCCCGAGAGCCCCCAUGGUCUGGAGGACUGCUUGAACCAGGACCGCACAGCCCAGGAUGCUGCGGAGGCUGCUGGAGCGGCCGUGCACGCUGGCCCUGCUUGUGGGCUCCCAGCUGGCCGUCAUGAUGUACCUGUCCCUGGGGGGCUUUCGGAGCCUCAGUGCCCUCUUCGGCCGAGAGCAGGGACCCACGUUUGACUAUUCCCACCCCCGUGAUGUCUACAGCAACCUCAGUCACCUGAGUGGGGCCCCUGCUGUUGUGCCGGGUGGCCCUCUAGUUCCUCAGGGUCUGCCCUACUGUCCCGAAAGAUCUCCUCUCUUAGUGGGUCCUGUGUCCGUGUCCUUCAGCCCGGUGCCGUCUCUGGCAGAGAUUGUGGAGAGGAACCCCCGGGUGGAAGCGGGCGGCCGGUACCGCCCCGCAGAGUGCGAGCCUCGCUCGCGGACAGCCGUCAUCGUGCCGCACCGGGCCCGGGAGCACCACCUGCGCCUGCUGCUCUACCACCUGCACCCCUUCCUGCAGCGCCAGCAGCUGGCCUACGGCAUCUACGUCAUCCACCAGGCUGGGAACGGCACGUUUAACAGGGCAAAGCUGCUGAACGUGGGUGUGCGGGAGGCCCUUCGCGACGAAGAGUGGGACUGCCUGUUCCUGCAUGACGUGGACCUGCUGCCGGAGAACGACCACAACCUGUACGUGUGCGACCCCCGGGGACCCCGGCACGUCGCUGUGGCCAUGAACAAGUUCGGAUACAGCCUCCCGUACCCGCAGUACUUCGGAGGGGUCUCGGCGCUCACCCCGGACCAGUACCUGAAGAUGAACGGCUUCCCCAACGAGUACUGGGGCUGGGGCGGGGAGGACGACGACAUCGCCGCCAGGGUGCGGCUGGCCGGCAUGAAGAUCUCGCGCCCCCCGACGUCCGUGGGGCACUACAAGAUGGUGAAGCACCGGGGAGACAAGGGCAACGAGGAAAACCCCCACAGAUUUGACCUCCUGGUCCGUACCCAAAACUCCUGGACACAAGACGGGAUGAACUCACUUACAUACCGAUUGCUGGCUCGAGAGCUGGGCCCUCUCUACACCAACAUCACAGCAGACAUCGGAACUGACCCUCGGGGUCCCCGGAUUCCCUCUGGUCCCCGUUACCCACCUGGCUCCUCCCAGGCCUUCCGCCAGGAGAUGCUGCAGCGCCGGCCCCCCGCCAGGCCCGGCCCUCUGCCUACUGCCAACCACACAGCCCCCCGGGGUUCACCCUGACUCUUCCUGUCUACCUUAGUCACAAACGCGAACCCGAGGGGCGUCCUCCCCACCUCCCCGCCCACGGCUGCUGGAGGGACACGGGGGACUGACUCGUGCUGUGCCGGGUGGAAGUCCGGCCCUGCUGGACCAGAGCUGGGCUCCUCUAGGCCUGGGGGCCCUCUUUCUAGGGGUGCCUGCCAGGCCUCACGACUGUGAAUCUCUGAGGUCAGGAUUUUAUGUGACGACUCCUGGGAGUGCCCUGCCCCCGGAGGAGGAGCAGGGCUGGACCCCUAGUCCCUUCCUCUUCCCGGCAGAGGAUGGGGAUCCAGCUUCUCCAGGGACCUCUGUGAAUAUUUAUUCUAUUUAUGGUUCCCAGGGUGUGCACUGGUGAAGUGAGCCGCCCCCUGGGUACUUUGCGCCAGUGCUGGAGUAGCUGCCUCUUCUGGACCUGGCUCAGGGGGCUGGGAUUUUGAUAUAUUUUCUAAUAAAGAAAGUUGUCUCGCAUCUGCUCCCGCGCCCAGGCACCCUUUGCCGGUCUCUGUACCCCCCCCACCUCCACCCCCAACAUGACCACGACA